GUGGGCUCACAGCGGUUCAGUGUUAACAUGCCCCAUAAGUUCAGUAUCCACAACUACAAGGUCCCCACGUUCUGCGACCACUGUGGCUCCCUGCUGUGGGGCCUCAUGAGGCAGGGCCUGCAGUGCAAAGUGUGUAAGAUGAAUGUGCACAGGCGGUGUGAGACCAAUGUAGCUCCUAACUGCGGUGUGGACGCCCGAGGAAUCGCCAAGGUCCUGUCUGACCUGGGAGUCACACCUGACAAGAUCUCCAACACCGCACAGCGCAGGAGGAAG